UUUCAAAUGAAACGUUUGACAGUUCAGCCUCGUUUUCAUCAAAGUAAUCUCCAUCUUUAUAUAGCCUCAAUUUAUACACUGUCCGACCGCGGAGCGAUAUAUCAGCGCUUCCUCUCAGUGGCAAAUCUCGGAGUUAAGAAGCCCAUCCCAAAGUCCAGACCAGUUAACCAAGUGACGGAUGCGUAACUGAUCCGCCGCUCGCCCCCGUUGAUAAACAAACCAAUCGACAAUUAGCACAGAGUACUCUCUAUCUUGGUUGCGCUCAGGAAAUAUAUCGCUCUUCUAUUUUAAUCCAUGUACAUCGGAGUCUGCACCUUUGAUCAGCCCCAUGAGCUCGUCCCAUUUUCCCACCCCGACUCUGGCUGAACCGCAUUCAGAAUCAGACGCAGCCACACAGUCUGAUGUGUCAUAUCACCUUGCACGUGAACAAAUGAGCGAUAGGUAUGAUGAAGGCUGUGGCGAUGAAGAUGAGGAUCGAGAUUUUGAACCUGAAUCGGAGGAGUGGGAAGAAGAAGAUGAUGAUGAAGAUGAGGAGGAUAACCUAGACCAUGAGCUCCUCGAAGACGAGGCAGUGCGCGAGCUACUAGACCAAGAAGAUGGAGAUGUACACAUCGAAUUUACGGUGGAGGACAGCGACCAAGCUGAAGAUGCGGAAGGUGAUAACACUACCCGCACUGGCGCUACUCGAGUAACAACAGAACAGUUAUUUCGGUUACUGGGGGCAACUGGACUCAGACGCAUCUUGCAGACACAUGGAUUAUGGAGAGGACAGGCUUCUCACAACGAAGAUGAUGAAGAUGCAUUUGUUUUUGGUUCUUAUGGCUUCAGGAGACGACGAAGGCAGAAGCCCGUUGAAGAUCUAUACCCCAAAAUUCCCAGCGAAGCGGGAGCUGAAUUAAUGGUGUCCGGAACGUUCGGCAGUAACCCAUACUAUCUCGAUAGAAUUAAGAAUAGAAGAACAAAAUUUGGGACAAAAAUGUUGUGGAGAGAGUUGGGCUUAGGGCCUCGUGGCGCCGACUUGAGAGCUGCCAGGGCGAUUCCGCAGGGCUUAAUUCCGAGCUCCGUCCCGGACAAAAUCGUACACUUUGAUUCUCGAUGCUAUUCGGGACAGUUCUCCGACGAUGGUAAUUUUUUCUUUUGCUGUGGCCAGGAUUUCAAAGUCCGGAUGUAUGAUACUUCUAAUCCUUGCGACUGGAAGUACUACAAGACAGUUGAGUGUCCAUUUGGCCAGUGGACCAUUACAGACGCUUCGCUAAGUCCAGAUAAUAAGUAUCUGGCUUGUAGCUCUAUCAGUAAUGUUGUGUGUUUGGCUAGCACAGAUCCAGCAUCAAGCGCGGAUCCGCAUAUAUUGGAUUUUGCUAAAUCUAGACGACUUCGAGGUCCCAAUCUUCAAGGAUUCAAUCAUCCUGCAAGCGGGGCCUUUGGUAUAUGGUCUAUUCGAUUCUCAGGCGAUGGGCGGGAAAUUGUUGCUGGAACUUCAGACCGCUCCGUUGUCGUAUAUGACAUCGAAACACAGCAGCCGAUCUUACGGCUUCAAAACCAUGAAGAUGAUGUGAAUGCUGUCUGUUUUGGGGACAACUCGUCCCCGCAUAUUCUCUAUUCUGGAUCCGAUGAUACAACCCUAAGGGUUUGGGACCGACGGUCCAUGGCAGACGGGCGAGAAGCAGGAGUAUUUCUCGGCCAUACAGAAGGCUUAACUUUUGUUGACAGCAAAGGGGACGGUCGAUACGUGCUCUCCAAUGGAAAGGACCAGCUGAUGAAAUUAUGGGACCUUCGGAAAAUGAUGACCAUUUCGAAAUUCGAUACAAUUGAUCCGAGUAGAUAUUCCACUGGAUUCGAUUACAGAUUUAUGAAUUUUACGGAUGAGGACUAUCAACCACACCCGUAUGACUGUUCUGUGGUUACAUUUCGUGGGCACAGCGUUCUGAGAACGUUGAUCAGAUGUCAUUUCUCACCACCACAGAGCACCAACUCUAGAUAUGUCUACACUGGCAGUGAAAGUGGAAAGGUCUAUAUAUAUAACCUGGAUGCUACUAUUGCCGGAAUAGUGGAUGUCGCAAAAGCAACAUACCUAACUCGACCCAUGGACCCGGAUAUUUAUGGCCCAGCAUCCCAUUAUAGGAGACUCGAUAAUCAAUGGAAGACCGUCGUCCGGGAUGCAAGUUGGCAUCCGAGCGCUCCUAUCCUAGCAGCCACUUCUUGGAAUGGAUGGGGCAUGUCCAUGGGAACGUGUACUGUACAUUCCUGGAAUGAUGAUGCUUUAGAUGAUGAAGGUGAUCCGUCUCUUGGCCAGAGCUAUAACGCGCGUUUGGAAUACGUCGAAUCCUUUAAUCGAUUUAGUGAUUUAAACCGCGAUAGCGAUCACGGGCUGAGAAGUCAACCAGUUCACCGACAGACUCGGCAGUCAGAUGCUGGAGAAUCGUCGGAAAGUAUUUGGUAACGCGACAGGAAUCCCCGAUCAUAUAUCGCGCAAUAUACUUUUCAAAAUUGUAUAUAACGUUCACGGUGUUUCCCCCCGGAUUUGGCCCCCUGCGAUGAUACCGUAGAUAGAGCCAGAUCAAGAAAUAAAACAGUGCAAGAAAA